ACCAGCUUGGUGGAGGACCCCACACACCCUUCAAACACUCUUCACCCUGCUGCCUUCUGGAAAGAGGUCCCAGAGCAUCCGGGCCCUCACUACCAGACUAUGGAAAAGUUUUUUCCCACAAGCCGUCAGACUCCUGAACACUCAGUGACUGAACUGGCACACGCACACCUUCACACACGUCACUACCAAGCACUUAUCUGCAGUAUCUCACACUCAUACACACACACACACACACAGACACCAAGUUACUUUUGCACAAUACUCAGCAUUUUGCACAUUUCCAUUGUCUUGUGUCUGUAUCGUCCUGUGCUGUCUAGUGUUGCACUGUUUUGUCUUGUUUAUUUUUGCAAUUUAUGCACACUGCACUUUAUGUAGUCCUGGGUUUGUCCGUUAUAUGUCAUAUGUAGCACCAGGGUCUCGGAGGAACGCUGUCUCAUUUCACUCUGUACAGUACCACUGCACGUGGUUAAAAUGUCAAUAAAAGCCACUUGAAUUGACUUGACCUGUAUUUUUUAGGGGUUGCUUAGAGACGAGUACCAUACAGUUCAAAUGAGCAUACAUUCCAAAAUAUGCAAAUUAGCCCCAUACAUCAUAAUGAUGAUGCUUGCUGUUCAGGGUAUGAACAUUCUAUGCUGAAAGUUUAGAAAUACACAACCUUUGACAGCUUGUUUUCAGUUGAACUUUUGCAAAGCUGAGAAGAUUUUCACUGCGAUCACAUUAAGUCCAAAGAUGUUUAAACUUCUUUUUCACAGAAAGAAAUCAAACAAACAAAACGUGGCAGAGAAGGAAAUUCCUUCUACGUCUCAACAGAGCAUCCCGGAUGCUUCUGUUUCUGCCACACCAACUAACCCUGAAAAUGGUAAAAAGAAGAAGAAGAAGAGAAAAUGGAGACACUUCUUCUGCUGUUCCUCGCAAACUGACAGCGAUUCAGAGGCAGAGACCACCACUGUAAAGACACAAAAAAGUCUCGCUGGUCUCUUUUUAAAUUCUGGAAGAGAAAAAGGCAGGCUGCUCCUGAAACGACAGGGGAACCUGAUAAAAUCAGUGACAGCAGCACAGGUAAGGAAUGUGGUGAAAGCUCCCAUCAGGUAAAAAACACCACUGAAAAGAUCCCAGCAGACCUGAGUUGGGACACUUUGAUUAUGGAGCUUCUGGACCAAGAGAGUGGAUGGGAGCAUGUGUUUAACAGCAGUGGAGUCUGCGGUGGAAAAACAAUAGAAAAUCAAACUGAGACUACAGACUGCUUCGGGUUUCCAAACAUCGGAAACACCUGCUACAUGAACUCCUGCCUGCAGAGCCUCCUCAACAUUGAGGACUUCAUUAGAGACAUCAGCCGUCAGGAGGUUUUGUGGAGCGCAGUCCCAGAAGCUCAGCUCUUAAGAAGGCUCACUGACAUCAGGGACUGUCAUGACUCAACAGAUUAUGGCCUUAAAGAUCACCACCUGAGAUCUUUUAAGAAGGCAUUCAGCAGUCAAGCUCCUGAAUACACAGGCAGUGCACAGAAAGAUGCUCAUGAAUUCCUAACAUUGUUCCUCAAUGAGGUCAAAAGGCUCUCCCCUCACCUGAAGAGGAACGCAGCUCUCCAGGGCCAAAGUUAUACCUGCCCAGUAGAAGACCAUCACGUUUUCAAAAUGGAAAACAUGAGGACAUGCAAGGGCUGCGGUCACCAAUCAUCACAGCAAGAGGAAUUCACCAGCUUGUCUCUUGACCUGGUUCCAGAGGGGUCUGUUGAGGACAUGUUAGAGACAUACUUGAAGGAACAAGAAAUAGAAUUUCGCUGUGAUUGUGGAGGGACGACCUCAGAACUGAAGUCAUCUUUUGAUACACUGCCAAGAGUUCUCAUCUUGCACCUGAAGAGGUUUGGCUUUACACAAACCUACCAGAUUCAGAAGGUGGAUGACCCCGUCAGGCUGCAGAGGGACUUGGUGGUGCCAUCCAAUCAGGGUGGUGGCUGUUACAGUCUUGUCAGCAUCAUCAGUCAUUAUGGAGGCACAGAAUCAGGACACUACAUCUGUAAUUCUGUCCAUCCUGAGGAGAGUCCAUACUCUACAUCGGAUAAUUGGCUCACCUAUAAUGACGCACAGGUGCUCCACACAACUGGAUCUGCAGCUUGUGAAGAACAGCAGAACUCGGCCUACAUCCUGUUUUACAAGAGAAAUUUCUGAAGCAGGAUAUGGAAGGAAGUUAAGGUCAUUAUCAUGCUGAGAAGGAACAACAGUCGUCCCAGCCCACCAUCGCAGACUGCAGGUAAGUAUUGGCCUUAGGAGGAAGGGUCCUCCCAGAGAGCCUGGUUCCUCCCAAGAUUUCUUCCUCCAGGAGGGAGUUUUUUCUUGCCACCGUCGCCCCACAUUCACUGGUCUCAUCAGCAAAGACAUUUUUAACCUCCUAAGACCUGAACUCUAUCAUGGCAUGCAUUUUUAAUUUCUCUGUGCCAUUUGGGUUGAUUGGGACCUGAUGAAUGCUUCUCAAAACAUGAGAUCCACAUAUGAGGACAUUCAUUUUAAAUUUUGAUUGAACAGUGGCAGUGUAAUGUCCUCCUAAGUGGAUAUCAGGUCUUUGUAGAGCAAAAUGUUGUAUUUUGGUCUCGACAACCCAAAAUGUGAUGUCCACAUAUGUGGACACCAGGUCCUAGGAGGUUAAAAGAAACUCUACUAGUAGUGCACCACUACUAGAGACAGUCCUUUUGUGGACCAGUGUUUGGCUUGCUCUCUGGGAACAACAAACAAUUAAACAAAUAAAUUAAUAAUAAAAUCAGUGCUGUCAGUGUUAAUCUCGUUAAAAUGAGAUUAACACUGACAGCACUAAAUAAAAUAAAAUAAA